GAUUCCUUCCAAAACAGGCGCGCCAUUUUGACGUGCUUUUUUCCGCAUGUGCUGAUAUCUCGUUGUGUUGUGUGUGUCGAUAUCGCGAGUACCGGUACGAGUAGUACGGUAUAUGCAAGCAAGCGCAAGCGAAGUAUACUAUACUGUAUACGACGCGCGCAUGUUGUUGUUAUUUAUGAUUUGUUUGCCACACGCCAUCACCAUUGCAUCGAUUGAGACGGGAAUUGACAACUAAUUCAUCAAAAUCUAACGGUUUUUCUCGACGGAAGAUGUCGUUAGCUACACCAAUGAAUUCCUUAUUUCAUCAAGGUGUUCACGGAUCGCCUACACAACGCCUAGAUUUUGGCGAUGCUCUCGGUUCCGAAGGCGAAAGUGACGCUAGUUUUGCAGCUUAUUCUGAUUUCAACGAUUUGCAAGAAGAGAGGAUCGACCACAGUCCCAUUUCAAGUUCAUUUUCUGAUGAUCGUGAUGACUCAUUAAAUCUCACGGCAGAAUGGGAUCCCGCCUUGGCAACUCCAAAAAGUAGCCCAUCAAAACGGCCCGUGCAACGAAGACCAGUUUCAAGACUUCAUGGUGGCGAAAAUUCAGUUGCAUCUCCCCUUUUUCGAAGGCCAAGCGACUCAAGUUGCAGUCCCUCUCCAAUGUUAAUAUGCGGAAGUAGCCCCGCCUCCUCCGCAGGGGGAAGCGACUCUGUCGGUUCUCCACCCCCACACAAGCGGCUUCGUAACUUGAGACUUUUCGAUUCACCACACACGCCCAAAUCAUUAAUUCAAAAGGCAAAUGCGAGUGCCAGACGAAAUAAACUUCUUGCCAGUAGACUCUUCAGUGAGAAACCCGCUGCUGUACGUGAACAUGGUGAUGAUGGUACUCUUGCAAGGCCGCACACGGCUCCAAACAUGAGAAGUAUGCAGAGAAGGAGCACAAGAAUUUCUAAGACGAGACAGCAGAAUGUAGCAAAUGUCAACCCUUUCACGCCAUCAGCUAUGUUGCAAAACGCAACCAAGAAAAGGCUUCGACAGGAAAGGAGUAUUCUCGAUGAUGACGAUGAUGAAAUCGAUGAUGACAUGGAUGGUAGCUAUACAGAAAAUCCAGCAAAGAGGAUAGCAUUACGAGACAGCGACAUCUCUCGUUAUGAGGCAGAGUUUGUUGAGGUCUGUAAGGUUGGAUCUGGUGAGUUUGGAUCAGUCUACAAGUGUAUCAACAAACUUGAUGGAUGUUUCUAUGCUAUCAAGAAAUCAAAAAGACCAAUCGCUGGAUCUGCUUUUGAGCAAAUGGCAUUAAAUGAAGUAUACGCCCAUGCAGUACUUGGAACUCACAUACAUGUUGUCAGAUACUACUCAGCAUGGUCAGAAGCUGGUCACAUGAUCAUACAGAAUGAAUACUGCAAUGGUGGUAGUUUAGCAGACAUCAUCUCAUCUAAUAAGCAGAAUAAUCACAUAAUGACAGAGAUAGAACUCAAACAGGUCUUGGUCCAAAUAGCUCAAGGUCUUAAAUACAUCCAUUCACAAGGUUUGGUCCAUAUGGAUAUUAAACCAGGUAAUAUAUUCAUCACUAAGAAAGAACCUCUCCCAUCAACGACAUCUGAGACAGAGAAGAUAGAUGAAGAUGAAGAAGCAUCAUCAGAAGACACUCAAACUCUAACUCAUCUUACUUACAAAAUUGGUGAUCUGGGUCAUGUGACAUCAAUAUCCAACCCUAAAGUAGAGGAAGGUGAUGUCAGGUUUUUACCGGUAGAGAUUCUACAAGAGGAGCACACACACCUAACGAAAGCAGACAUCUUUGCCCUUGCAUUGACUGUAUACCUAGCAGCCAGCGGUGAAACGUUACCAAAGAAUGGCGAUGAUUGGCAUAGUAUAAGACAGGGUGAACUUCCUCCGCUAACACACAUCUCAUCAGACCUGGUUCAUCUUUUACAGACUAUGAUCCACCCAGACCCGACACAGCGACCUUCCGCCUCGGUCCUAGUCCAACAUCCACUGUUAUGCCCUAACAGUAAACAAUCUUUCACUCAACUCAAAAGGGAGCUAAAUGUUGCAAAGUUUCAGAAUGCAGUCCUCUCCAGGGAACUUAGCGAGGCUCGCAAUGCAAACCAGAAAGGAGGAAGCACCAUGAACCCUCCUAAAUCAAGGUCUAAUUCUCGACUCGUUGGAAAGAAGGUCAAUCGAAGUAUGAGCCUUACUAUAUAUUGAAGACUGAUCAAGAAUUACAAUGUAUAACCCAAGUACAUGCCUUACCAUAUAUUGAAGACAUAUCAAUCAGGCUCAUUCAAAGUUGCGGUACAAACCUCAGCAACAAAAAAUGUUUUGCCUGGGAAGGAGACAUCGUUGUUUGCCUGGCUGCAAAGCCCGUUGACCAAUCAAUCGUUGUUUGCCUGGCUGCAAAGCCCGUUGACCAAUCAAUCGUUGUUUGCCUGGCUGCGAAGCCCGUUGACCAAUCAAUCGUUGUUUGCCUGGCUGCGAAGCCCGUUGACCAAUCAAUCGUUGUUUGCCUGGCUGCGAAGCCCGUUGACCAAUCAAUCGUUGUUUGCCUGGCUGCGAAGCCCGUUGACCAAUCAAUCGUUGUUUGCCUGGCUGCGAAGCCCGUUGACCAAUCAAUCGUUGUUUGCCUGGCUGCAAAGCCCGUUGACCAAUCAAUCGUUGUUUGCCUGGCUGCAAAGCCCGUUGACCAAUCAAUCGUUGUUUGCCUGGCUGCAAAGCCCGUUGACCAAUCAAUCGUUGUUUGCCUGGCUGCAAAGCCCGUUGACCAAUCAAUCGUUGUUUGCCUGGCUGCAAAGCCCGUUGACCAAUCAAUCGUUGUUUGCCUGGCUGCAAAGCUCGUUGACCAAUCAAAUUUCUUCAGAAAUCCUUGAUGAUGACAUGACGAUUUCUCAUAGAAAAUUUGAAAAAAAUGGUCUUUCUAACAAAAAUUGAAAUUUGUAGCUCCAAUGAUGAUUUGGCCAGUAGCUUUGCAAGCUUGCAUGGUUUUAAACUUAACAUGCUGCUCAUGCAGCUUUAAUGCUAUGCUGAUUUAACCAUUUACCUAUGAAACAUUUUACAUUUAAGUUAAAAAUCAAGUCCACCCAAGAAAAAUGUUGAUCUGAAUCAAUAGAGAAAUAUCAGACAAGCAUAAUUCUGAAAAUUUCAUCCAAAUCGGAUGUAAAUUAAGAAAGUUAUGACAUUUUAAAUUUUCGCUUAUUUUUCACAAAAUAGUCAUAUGCACAAUUUAUUCACAUGCAAAUGAGAGAAUCGAUGAUGUCCAUCACUCACUAUUUCUUUUGUUUUUAUUGUUUGAAUUAUACAAUAUUUCAUUUUUUACAGAUAUGACAAAUUGACGAUAAGGACCAACUUCAAUGAACCAUAAAAUGUUGAUUCCACAUGUUCAGGGAGAAAUAAAACUUUGUUUCACAUGACAUUGAAGAGAAAAUAGGAAAAUUUCAUAUAUAACAGAAUACAAAAGAAAUAGUGGAUGAUGUCAUCAGUCCCCUCAUUUUCAUACAGACUGGAAUGUUCAUAUAACUAUUUUGUGAAAUAAAGCAAAACUUAAAAAUGUCAUAACUUUUUUAUUUAACAUCCGAUUUUGAUGAAAUUUUCAGUGUUAUAAUAAUAAUAAUAAUACAGAAUAUUUCUAAAGCGCCAAAUUCACAUUAUGUGCUCAAGGCGUUUUUUAUUUUUCUCCUUUUAUUCACAUCAACUUUUUUGGGGGAUGGACUUGUCCUUUCAUCACUCAUAGUUGCUUACAUUAAAAAUAAGAGAAUUACUCUUAGAAUUCGCCAAUACCUUUUUUUUAAUUUCCGAUCAUGGAGUAUGUAUUACACUAGCGGCGGUCCCAGACCGGUAAAAAUCACUGUCGGGCCAGUAGCUUGUUGCAUGAAAAGAACAAGUAAAUUCUUGCCUACGAGCACAUGUUUAAAAUGGUGAAUUAUCAAGUUUUCAAGUAGAGUCAUUUCACAUGUUUUUUCACUGGUCUCACUAAAACAGGCUGGCAAUUGUUACAUCGAUACAAGUUUAAAAAAAUACAAUUUUUUUGUCAAAAGAUACUUUUUUUUCCUUCUAAGAAUACUCUUUUUUUGUUGAAGAAGGUUGGCAGGUCUGGAUGUAAUGAUCCCUUGUGGACAUGGCAUAGGUUAAAGAAAAUAAAAACCCAAGAAGAGAAGUAAUCUUAUUGGAAAGAGUAAAAUAAGAGGAACAAUUUUUAAAAAGGUUUUAUCCAAAUCGGUUUAUAUGAAAGUUAUGGACGUUUAAAAAGUCUUGUACUAUCUAUGGGGAUCCUCAAAUUGGCAAACGUGCUUCAAAAUGGCUGAUUUUGUGGACAACUCUCCAUUUGUUUUAUACAAAAUUUUCGGAUUUUCCUCAUCUUCCAAAUUGCAUCUUGUCUCCUGAGCACAUUAUAUGUCUUGGGAAAAUAUAAUUCACACCACAUAUGUCAAGGUCAGGAGGAGAUAAUGUGAAAUAUGUAAAACAAAGGGGAAAAUCUGAAAAAUUGUGUACAAAACAAAUGGAGAGUUGUGCACAAAAUCAGCCAUUUUGAAGCAUGUUUGCCAAUUUGAGGAUCCCCAUAGAAAGUACAACAAGACUUUUAAAACGUCCAUAACUUGUUUAUUUAAUAACCGAUUAUAAUGAAAUUUUUAUUAAAUUGUUUCUCUCAUUUUACUCUUUCCAAUAAGAUUACUUCUCUUCUUGUGUUUUUAUCAUUGUUUCUCUUCUUGGGUUAUGGUUUCCUUUAAGGGUUGUUAUGCAUGAUAAAUGAUAAACAGCAACAUUGUGUAGUAAAGCUCUUCACAUGAUGCUCAUCUUCCUCUAUAAUAUUUAGUUGGAUUUGUUAUUCAUAUUUUACUUUAUUCUCUGUUAAAUCAAUUACUGUUUUUUUUUAUCAUGAGCGAUAUUCAGUUUCAAUAGAACUGUGUUUUAAUUGUGGUCCUAAGUAACUUUUAUUAUUUUGCAAAAAAAAAAGAAAUCAAGAAAAUUAUUCUUAUUUGGUUUUAUUUUAAUGAUCACUUUGAUAGUAGGGUAUCAGGAAUGUUUGUUUGUUUUUAAAGUAAGGUAUAGAGUACUUCAAAAUUCUUCUGCAUUUAUCAGAGCUACCAUCAAGCCAGUUACAUUCAAUUUUAAUAUUCCUUUUUCAACUGUGUUUAUUAUUUUAUAAUAUAGCAUAUAUCUUCUGACAUAAUGUAUUUACUUGCCUGUAAUUUGUCUUUAAAAUGCAAAAUAGUACUCCCAAAUUCUUGAAGAUUUUUAUCAGUAUUCCGGUUUGGCUUCCUUUGUAUUGAAUGUAGCUACUCAAAAGUAGUUUUAUUUUGAGUGAGAUAUAAGGUUCUAUGAAGGACAUUGCUCUUGAAGGUACGUAUGUGUUGUGGAUGGCAACAAAGUAUUCACGUUUUGAAGUUACUUGACCUCCUGAACUGUGUGAUGAUGGCUUAUUGAGAUGAUUAUUAGUUUGGUUUCACCUGUGCCUUGGAUAGAUAAAUCAAAUUGAAUCACUAUGAAGCCGGGGUAAUAAUAAAAGCAGGGCCCGCUGGUAGAACAGUUUUCGAAACUGAAGUGGCUACCCUGGGUAAAUAUACCUAUUAUUAAUCUCUCCUGAAUAACUAUGUACUACUUCUGAGUCUUCCACCGUAUAAGAAUGAUUAUUUUAAGAAUGCAUCUUUGUCAUGGGUACCUUUUAAGCUUAAUAUAUUUGAGCACACAAAUCAUCCACACCUUUUUUUUAUUCUGUAAGUUUUGUUCUUCUUUCAUUUGCACUAAUUCUUAUCUUCUAUGUAUAUAUCUUACUCAAAAUCAGUACUUCAUUAUAUUACCAUUGUGUAUUUUAUCAAUCUAUAAAUCGCGUGAAUCAAUUUUGGUAUUAAAUCAAAGUCUUGAUAUUAAUAUGCAGCACAGUUAUGUCUGUAUUUAGUGCUAUAUGAAUGAUGCAUAUUAUUGUUUUAGCUUAAGUUUAAUCUGCUGGGUUGUUUUCAUUUGGUUGCGGUUUCAUUCAAUCAAUUCUAUGGAUAUAAUUUCAGUCUCAAACUGAGAUUGAUUUCAAAGUUUUAAAUUCAUUUUUUAUACUAGUAUUGACAACCCUCAUACUGUAAAUAGACUUCUAAAAUUAUUGUAAAUAUAUUUUCAUGUCAGUAUUUUCUUUUUCCUCAAGUCUGUUUAAGUCAAGAAUUGAGAGAAAGAUAUUUUACAUAAUUUGUGCCUUGAACUUCUUAUUGUACUGCAUUUAUAAUUGUUUCAGAAACGACAUCUUCUGGACGUAUCUUUGCCUUUUUAUUAUGUUUUGGAUUUGAUAUUAAAAUAAAUUCCAAUGCGUCUUCCCUACACUGUAAGUAUUACGUUGUUAAUUUGAACAACACCAGUCAAGUAUUCCGAGAGAAUUAUACCUUCAGGUGUUAGAAAUAUACCAUGGAGUUUGAACGUAACACCAACCAUAUUUGAAAUAAUAGAAGAGAAUGUAUCAUGAUAACACCAAAUAUUGUUACACUUACACUGUAAUACUGGUGUCAAAUGCUUGCUGUGCUCCUAACACUGAUGGUGUAGUUUGACACCAUUGUUGAUACAGUGUAUGGUCUCUGAUCAGAAGGUUAAGAAAAUAUUUAGUGAAUGGUACACAACCAUUGUGUAAAAAAAUAUAUAUAAAUAUUCCCAAUGUAAUUGAUAAAUAAUUAUGCUUAUAAAAAAAUAACCCUUGAAAAAAAAGAAGAAUAUAUUUGGCAGUGAGUUAUGAGAUGCAUUGUUAGCUACACAUAUCCGCAUGGUGUGAGCGAACAAAGGACGUUCUUGAAAUUUAUCUAAUCAUGUGCUUUAAAAAAAUAAUGAGAGUCAUAGAUAUCUUGAUAACAAGCUAGAUUAUUUCUUGUUUAUUUGUUGAGCAUACUUGAGCAGGAUUUGUUCUGACCAUACAUUUGUAUUAUUAUUCUUUUUCCGUAAUCCCUUCAUCCCUCUGCGCCUCGGCAUAGUUUACUAGAUAGAUGGCGUAUAAUAAAUGCUGUGUUUAUUAUUAUUAUUAUUAUUAUAAUUGAGUAUCAUACAGGACAGACAUUGAAUUUUAACAUUUUUUCGAUACCAAGCCUUACUAAGUUACUAUUAUGUCACUUUGAAAUUGUAUUACUAAGUUAUCUUUUACAGUAAUGGCACAUUGUUUGUGUCAAUCAUUAUUUUUAAAGGUCAGUAUUCUCUUGUAUAUUUUUAUGUAAGAAGAGGAAGAGAUUUUUCAUAUAAUAGUGCCUUAUUUCUCUUCCUCUUGGUUGGAAUCAGCAAUGUGUUUUAUUUUGACUGUAUGUCAAUACAAUGCAUCUAUAGUUAAGUGAACAGAAAAUAUUAAAGCAUAGAAAUUAAUCAAA